GCACAUCAUCUAACCGAUAAAGCAGAAAGAAUUUUACCCAAAUUUUAUAUUCGUGAUGCAACGGUGCCCAGAACAAUACCAUUAACCUUUGAACCUAAUGGUUUUUAUCGUACUUUUAAGAAACGUGCAUUGGAGGCUCUCAAAAAUGUUGAUUUUCAUCGACCCUCAUUGAAUUCUAAUCUCAUUGCUGAUACUUUCUUUACUAUUACAGUCACAUUAUGCUUGGCUUCUGUUUAUUUUCAAUCAUCUUGGGGAUUAAUCUUGACGAUUCUUGCUGGGUUAUUUCUCGCAUGGACUACAAUCAUAGGUCAUAAUUAUUUUCAUAUGAGAGAUAAUUUUCGUAUGUAUUAUUUCGAUAUUAGUUUGAUGUCAUCUAAAGAUUGGCGAAUCACGCACGCCAUGAGUCAUCAUCUUUAUCCAAAUACUAUUUGGGAUUAUGAAAUUUAUGUUUUUGAACCUAUACUUAAUUGGUUACCGAAUAAAAACAAGAAUACGUUGAAAAUAUUUUUAGGAUAUAUUUACACACCAAUAGUUUACACUUUGUCAUUCAUUUUUCAAGGUAUUAAAAGGUAUUAUUCGGUAAUAUGGGAAUAUAAAACUUUUGAAUUCAGAGAUGCAGUACCAUUACUUCUUCCAAUUGUAAUGUCAUUUUUUGCGCCAAAUAUAUUAAUCUCUAUUAAAACUUGGUUAAUAAUCAUUUUUAUAAGUAGCAUUGUAUUCAAUUUUAUCGGACUUAAUGCUGCUCACCAUCAUCCGAAUAUAUUUCACGAUGGGGAUAUUUGUCGAUGCAUUGUAAGAGCUGUUUUUAUGUAA